AUGCAUCGCAGUUCCCGCGUCCCAUAUCUAUCUAUCUAUCUAUCUAUCUAUCUAUCUAUCUAUCUAUCUAUCUAUCUAUCUCAGUCUAUUCAUUUCUAUCUAUCUAUCUAUCUAUCUAUCUAUCUAUCUAUAUCAGUCUGUUCAUAUCUAUCUAUCUAUAUCAGUCUGUUCAUAUCUAUCUAUCUAUCUAUCUAUCUAUCUAUCUAUCUAUCUAUCUAUCUCAGUCUAUUCAUUUUAUCUAUCUAUCUAUCUAUCUAUCUAUCUAUCUAUCUAUAUCAUCUAUUCAUAUCUAUCUAUCUAUCUAUCUAUCUGUUUCACUCUAUUCACAUCUGUUUAUCUAUCUAUCUCAGUCUAUUCAUAUGUAUCUAUCUAUCUAUUGAUCGAUCGAUCUAUCUGUCUGUUUAUCUCUCUCUCUCAGUCAAUUCUAUCUAUCUAUCUAUCUAUCUAUCUGUUUCAAUUUAUUCAUAUCUAUUUAUCUAUCUCAGUCUAUUCAUAUCUAUCUAUCUAUCUAUCUAUCUAUCUAUCUAUCUAUCUAUCUAUCUAUCUAUGUCAGUCUAUUCAUAUCUAUCUAUCUCAGUCUAUUCAUAUCUAUCUAUCUAUCUGUUUUACUCUUCAUAUCUAUCUAUCUAUCUAUCUAUCUAUCUAUCUAUCUAUCUAUCUAUCUAUCUGUUUCAAUCUAUUCACAUCUGUUUAUCUAUCUAUCUCAGUCUAUUCAUAUGUAUCUAUCUAUCUAUUGAUCGAUCGAUCUAUCUGUCUGUUUAUCUCUCUCUCUCAGUCAAUUCUGUCAUUUAUCUAUCUAUCUAUCUAUCUAUCUAUCUAUCUAUCUAUCUAUCUAUCUGUUUCAAUUUAUUCAUAUCUAUUUAUCUAUCUCAGUCUAUUCAUAUCUAUCUAUCUAUCUAUCUAUCUAUCUAUCUAUCUAUGUCAGUCUAUUCAUAUCUAUCUAUCUAUCUAUCUAUCUAUCUAUCUAUCUAUCUAUCUAUCUCAGUCUAUUCAUAUCUAUCUAUCUAUCUGUUUCACUCUAUUCAUAUCUAUCUAUCUAUCUAUCUAUCUAUCUAUCUAUCUAUCUAUCUAUCUGUUUUACUCUUCAUAUCUAUCUAUCUAUCUAUCUAUCUAUCUAUCUAUCUAUCUGUUUCACUCUAUUCACAUCUGUUUAUCUAUCUCAGUCUAUUCAUAUGUAUCUAUCUAUCUAUUGAUCGAUCGAUCUAUCUGUCUGUUUAUCUCUCUCUCUCUCUCAGUCAAUUCUAUCUAUCUAUCUAUCUAUCUAUCUAUCUGUUUCAAUUUAUUCAUAUCUAUUUAUCUAUCUCAGUCUAUUCAUAUCUAUCUAUCUAUCUAUCUAUCUAUCUAUCUAUCUAUCUAUCUAUCUAUCUCAGUCUAUUCAUAUCUAUCUAUCUAUUGAUCGAUCGAUCUGUCUAUCUAUCUCUCUGUCUCAGCCAAUUCUAUCUAUCUAUCUAUCUAUCUAUCUAUCUAUCUUUGUCAUUCUAUUCAUACCUCUCUCUUAUAUCAAAUGUAUUCCAGUCAUAUCUAUCUUUUUAUCUAUCUAUCUAUCUAUCUAUCUAUAUACUACAACCCAUCCAUAUCUAUCUAUCUAUCUAUCUAUCUAUCUAUCUAUCUAUCUAUCUAUCUAUCAAUUCUCUUCAUUAUCUCUCUCUCUUCCUCUCUCUCUCUCUCUCUCUCUGUUACAGUCUAUAUAACACAGUCCAUCCAUAUCUAUCUAUCUAUCUAUCUAUCUAUCUAUCUAUCUAUGUCCAUAUCUAUCCAAUCUAG